CCGCGGAUGCCCGUUUGGGAUAAGACCGAAGAUGUUGUCCUCACCGGCAUCUCGGGGUAUUUUCCGCAAUGCGAUAGUUUCGACGAGUUCAAAGAGAAACUCUUCCAAGGUGUGGACAUGGUUACUGAUGAUGAGCUCCGUUGGCCUCGAGGCUUGCUCGGUCUACCGGCGAGAUCCGGGAAAAUCAAGGAUCUUUCUCGAUUCGACGCGCGGUUUUUCGGCGUGACGCCCAGGCUGGCCAACCUCAUGGACCCCCAACUGAGGAUGUUGUUGGAAACAACCUACGAGGCGAUAGUAGACGCGGGUUACGAACCCCGCACUCUGAGAGGAAGGAAGAUCGGAGUCUACGUCGGAGUCACAUACGCGGACUCAGACGAUGGCUGUAUCGGGGACGUGAAGGAAAUCGACGGGUACUCGCUGACUGGUUGCUGCAGAGCCAUGUUUGCGAAUCGCAUUUCCUACUCGUUCGACUUCACCGGACCCUCCCUCGCGAUUGACAGCGCUUGUUCCUCCAGCAUCUCAGCUCUCACCCAGGCAAUGAUUGCGAUUCGAUCGAAUCAGUGCGAUGCAGCCAUAGUCGGAGGGUCGCAGAUAAGCCUCAAACCUCAGACAGCGCUCGGUUUCCACAAAUUGUCCUUGCUCGACCCCGAAGGGAAAUGUCGUGCUUUUGACAACAAGCCCGGUGGCUAUGCGAGGUCGGAAGCUGUGGGCUGCGUCUUCUUGCAACGACGUUCCGAUGCGCGUCGAAUUUACGCGACGGUGGUUCAUGCGAAGGCAAAUGUCGACGGCUUCAAGGAGCAGGGUAUCCUUUGCCCGAGCGGCCGAACGCAAGAAAUGCUCCUCCGUGAAAUAUAUUCUGAAACAGAGGUCGACCCCACUGAAGUUGAGUACGUCGAGGCGCAUGGCACAGGAACAAAGGCUGGAGACCCUCAGGAACUCUCUGCUCUCUACAACGUGCUCUGUCCGGGUCGCGAUGGAGCGCUCCAUAUCGGGUCGGUCAAGUCGAAUUGCGGUCACGCAGAGGCUGCAUCGGGUAUCUGCUCGCUCGCCAAAGCGGUAGCCCUCAUGGAAACCGGCGUCAUUCCGGGGAACCUCCACUUCGAGUCUCCGAACCAGAGCAUCAGGGGGCUGGUCGAUGGUUCGAUGAAAGUCAUCACGGAACCCACAGCUUUCCACGGGGGUUACGUAGCAAUGAACUCUUUCGGAUUCGGGGGCGCGAACGCUCACCUGCUUCUCAAGCCCCACGGGGGACGGAAUGUUUCUGACUUCGAUCGAGAAUCGCCCGAACUACCGAGAUUGGUUCUUCUAUGCAGUCGGACGGAGCAUGGCCUCCUCGAAAGCAUACAACGAGUGAAGACGGAAGCCCUUCCAGACCAUGCUCUGAAGAUGUUGAAUGUGGUCGGCCGAGCUCCGACUCAAUCGAUGCCGAGAAGAGGUUUCGUGGUUCUGCCGACGAACGGAGAGGCCUUCGACUCGCAAACGCUCGCCGAGGAGCGCAAAAGGCCCCUAUAUUUCAUCUAUCCUGGGAUGGGCUGCCAAUGGCAAGCUAUGGGUCGAGAGAUGAUGCACUUCAAGCUGUUCGCUGAUUCCAUACACAGAUCUCACGAGAUCUUGAAACCGUUGGGCAUCGAUCUGCUACGAAUUCUCACCGGAGAAACUGUCGAAGACUCCUCACUGGUAGUUCCAUUCGUUUCGAUAUGCGCGAUGCAGAUGGCUCUGACCGACUGUCUGUCAGCAUGCGGCAUCCACCCUGACGGAAUCGUCGGACAUUCGACAGGUGAACUCGCUUGUUCCUUCGCGGACGGAUGCCUCAACCAGAAACAGACGCUCCUGGCAGCUUAUUGGCGAGGAAAAUGCGUCGAAAUGGCAGACUUGCCCAAGGGCGCGAUGGCAGCGGUGGGUCUGUCCUGGGAAGAAACUCUCAAGAGAUGCAGAGACGGCGUUGCUCCAGCGUGCAAUAACAGUUCCGACUCGGUCACCAUAAGCGGUCCAGCAGACGCGGUAUCCAGGAUGUGCGCGGAACUCAGAGCUGAGAACAUCUUCGCCAAAGAAGUCGACGUACAGAACGUCGCGUACCAUUCGGUUCAGAUGGAGAAGAUAGCUCCCGCUCUCCAGGCGGCCCUGACCAAUGUGAUUCCAAUCGCCCGGGCUCGCUCGGCGCGCUGGAUUUCUUCGUCCGUGCCCCAUGAUCGCUGGGGAGAGCCGCUCGCCAAGUUCUGUUCGCCCGCAUACUUGUCGAAUAAUCUAGUUUCAGCCGUCCGAUUCAAAGAAGCCCUCGAGUUUGUGCCAGACGAUGCGAUCUGCCUCGAAAUUGCCCCCCACGCUCUGCUCCAGUCGAUCCUGAAGAGAGGACUCAGCCUGCAUUGCGAAACGAUCGGUCUGAUGAAGAAAAACGCACCGAACCUCGUCACGUUCCUCUCAGCACUGGGACGAUUGCACACUCUGAACGUGGACGUGGAUGUUUCGGCGCUGUACCCUAAACUCGAGUAUCCAGUUCCUCGAGGAACCCCCAACCUUUCGCGGUUCGUCGCGUGGGAACACGCGGAGGAGUGGCGGGUAUGCAAAUGGAACGAAUUUGGAUCGUUAGCGAACUCGGCGGAAGACGUGACUACGACAGUCGACAUUUCGAAUCAAGAUUCCGAGUUCUUCUAUCUCAGAGGUCACAGGAUCGACGGCAGGAUCCUCUUCCCCGCCACAGGGUACAUGGUCAUGGCUUGGAAAGCUUUGGCGAAAAGACUCGAGAAACAGUGGGAGAAGAUGCCGAUCGUGUUCGAGAAUCUGAAUUUCCAUCGAGCCGUGAUCCUCCACGAGACGGAGGGUGCGGAACUUCGCCUCGACUUGAUGGGGACGAGCGGUGGAUUCGAAAUAAGCGAGGGAAAUGCAGUCGUUGCGUCCGGUCGCGUGUACAGUCCCGAAAACGCCGAAAAAAUCCUAAACUCUGCCAUUCCGGCGAUUACCGAUGACACGGAAUUCGAACUGGGCCUCGACGACAUCUACAAGGAGUUCCGUUUACGUGGUUACGAAUAUGAGGGGAAAUUCCGCGGAAUCAAGCAGGCGUGUACGAACAAACCUUUUGGCAAGCUGACAGGUCAGAACGAUUGGAUUGCAUUCUUGGACACCUUACUACAGUUCUCCCUUCUCCGCAGCAAACAUAGGUCUCUUGAAGUACCGACUCGGAUAAGCGAAUGUCGAAUCGACCCCGCUCAACACUAUCUGCUGCUCGGCGAGGAGCUCAAUGACCUCACGGUUUUCUUCGACAGCUCCACAAGAACCUGUUCCAGUGGAGGGGUGGUUUUCAAAGGUCUGGAAAGCUCUCCAGCGCCUCGGAGACCUGUCCAGCAGAAGACUUUGCUGGAGACCUUUGAAUUUACGCCAAACGUGCUUGAGAGCACCGAUGAGACACUGACCGGAUACAUCGAAACUUGCAGAAGUCUCUUGAAGGAUAUCCUCGAAGGGGAUCGUCGAUCACUCGCCCCUCGUCGCUCCGACGAAACUUACAAGGAGCGUCAUCAUGCUGAAGGUGGUUCCGAUGUGAUUUUGUCGAUCCUCAAGGAUGUCCCGGAAGAGGUCAGAGAGGGCCAACCAGUCGAGAUCUGUCUCAAGAGAGCCUUCGAGGCUCGCAUCGCGGACCUCGAGAGAGAUCGUCUGUCCGUAUCGUUGCGCGGAGAACUAUGUCUGAGACCACUGGUGGAUCUCGCGAUUGAAAACACGCCUCGUAGACGACUCCGGAUGGCGGGAAUCGCUUUUACCAGGACUCCCAUGGACGGGGAUAUCCUCGAAUGCAUCUCGAGGACCCAGAAGAGCUUUUCAGUAGAUUAUACCAGCUUCCAUGCCCGGCCGGAACUCGUGGAGGGAGAUUCUGUUUCGGAACUAUGGGAGCCGAACGUCGACCACAGGCCUUCAGGCUACGACUUGAUCGUGUCGGGGAAUCUCGCUAGCGAGCUUCCGAAUUUGACGACUCAUCUCCAGAGAAUGCGCUCUAGGCUUAAGAACGGAGGUUUUAUCCUCAUCGAUCAACGUCAUUCCAUGACUACGCUGGAGAAGGAUCUGAGCACUUUCGCAGAUCUCCCGAUGAGCUUUCUGCCGACAGAAAAGUUGGAGAAGGCUCUAAUAGAUGCCGGCUUCGACAUCAUCGCAUCGCGGUCGAACGAUAUCGCUGUGCUCCUGCUCGCCAGGAAGCUGGAAAGGAAGAGCUGCAAGCAUGCGCUUGUGAGAAUCGAAAAUCAAAAUUACUCCUGGGUCGACACCUUGAAGAGAACAUUGCACGAGUACGAGGAGCGACCCGAAGGUGAAAACAUUUGGCUCGUCGCGGGAGACGUCGACGAAGGCGGAAUCGUUGGCUUGGUGAACUGUCUGCGCCAUGAAAGCGGAGGCUCUCGAAUUAGGUCGAUUUUCAAUGCAUCUCUUUCCUCGAAAGAAGCGCUUCCAGACUUCGUCCCGGAUGAUCCAUUCUACCGCGAGAUCGUCAAGCGUGAUCUGGUGAUGAACGUAUUCCGCGGUGGCGAAUGGGGAACGAUGCGGCACUUCACGCUGGACUCACCAGGUAGUGAUUUCGGCAUCGUGAGAACGGAACACGCGUUUCUGAACAAUCGCACGAGGGGCGACCUGAGUUCGUUAGCAUGGUACCAGUCACAGAUCAAUUUCGAUCGUCCAGCCGCUGAUCGGGUGUUAUGCAGUGUGUAUUACGCCCCUCUCAACUUCCAUGACGUCAUGCUAGCGACUGGGAAGCUACCAACGGAUACCAUGCCCGGAGAUGUAGCCCUUGCGGAGUGUGUGCUGGGAAUCGAAUUCUGCGGUCGUGAUCCUCGGGGCCGCCGUGUCAUGGGUCUGGUCCAUGCUGAGGGCCUGGCGACGUCGGUGGUCGCAGAUCCGGAGUUCAUGUGGGAAGUUCCGCAAAAGUGGACUCUAGAGGAAGCCUCAACCGUCCCUGUCGUGUAUUCUACUGCCUACUACGCUUUGAUAAUGAGGGGCCGGAUGCGAGAGGGAGAGACGAUCCUGAUCCAUUCCGGGUCCGGAGGCGUUGGCCAAGCGGCUAUAACCAUCGCUCUCAGCAUGAAUUGUACCGUAUUCACAACAGUCGGAACUUCUGAGAAGCGACAGUUCCUCAAAGAGCGUUUCCCUUCGUUGAGAGAUGAGAAUAUCGCCUCCUCCCGUAAUACGGAUUUCGAAGCACUGAUUAUGCAGCGGACAGAGGGACGAGGAGUGGAUUUGGUACUGAAUUCUCUCUCCGAAGAAAAGCUACAAGCAUCUGUUCGGUGCGUAGCGUUCAACGGACGUUUCGUGGAAAUCGGGAAAUUCGAUCUGAGCAAGAACGCGGCUCUCGGAAUGGCCGUGUUCCUGAAGAAUGUCUCUUUCUACGGAACCGAUCUGAAUGGGCUGAUCGGCAACGAUCCGUCGAUCGUACCCGAAAAACGGGAACUUGUCGGUCUCGUGACGAGAGGAAUCGAGUCCGGUGUCGUGCAGCCACUGAAGAGGCACGUUUUCAACCUCGAACAGGCGGAAGAGGCUUUUCGUCUCAUGGCCGCCGGCAAGCAUCUCGGUAAGGUGAUCAUCAAGGUCAAAGAUGAAGAACCUCGGACGCAGAUGACACCAUCGUUGAAGACGGUUCCGGCGAGGUCACGCAUCGGAUUCUCCAGCCGGAAAAUCUUCAUCAUCAUCGGCGGGUUGGGUGGUUUCGGACUCGAGCUCUCCGACUGGCUAGUGAGACGUGGAGUUCGGAACCUCGUACUCACCUCUCGGUCGGGAGUUCGUGAUGGAUAUCAGAAGCUCUGCCUGCUCCGAUGGCGAACGGCCGGUGUCAGAGUCUGGAUUUCAGAUCGCGACGUAUCGAUUGCUGAACAAGCUGAGGCGCUCGUUCUCGAGGCAGAGUCCUCAUCGGGUUUGCCCGUCGGCGGAAUUUUCAACCUUGCCGUGGUGCUCAGAGACGCUCUCAUUGAGAAUCAAACACCAGAGUAUUUCGAGCUCGUAUGUGCUCCAAAAGUCGGGGGCACAAUCAAUCUGGAUCGCGUGAGUCGAGAGCGCUGUCCUCAAUUAGAUCAUUUCGUCGUUUUCUCAUCUGUGGUUUCGGGACGCGGCAACGCUGGACAAACGAGCUACGCCUACGCGAAUUCCGCCAUGGAGCGAGUCUGCGAGAAACGAGCUCACGACGGGCUGCCCGGUGUCGCAAUCCAAUAUGGAGUGGUUGGCGAUGUGGGAAUCGUUCAUCGAUCGUUGGGGUUGAGGGGCAACGAGCUCUCCAUACCAGGAGCUCUGCCACAGACGAUCACCUCUUGCCUGUCAUUACUGGACCAGUUCCUAUCAAUGAAUUAUCCGGUGGUGGGUACGUGGGUGAAAGCUAAUCCCAUCGAAGAACGAACGAAGAGAACAGCGAGCCUUGGUGCCGCCGUCGCCCACGUAUUCGGUAUAGACGACAUCUCCAAACUCGAUAUGGACGUGUCCCUCGCAGACCUCGGAAUGGACUCUCUAAUGAGCGUGGAAGUCAAGCAACUCUUCGAGAGGGAGCUCGACCUCACUCUGUCCAACCGAGAGAUCCGAGCUCUGACUCUGAGGAAGAUCCGGCAGCUCGAAUCCCAGCAUGAUACCGCUGCUCUCCAAUCCAUGACCCGUUCCUUGGGGGGUAUCCCGGUAAACUCCGGUAUCGUGGAGCCUGAUGUUCGGAAGGCCAAAUUGAAAUCUGAGCUCAUCCCACGACGAACUGUCAUCCGGAUGAACUCGCCGGCGCUCAGUGGGGAUCCCAUUUUCUUCGUGCACUCCAUUGAUGGAAGUGUGAAUAGGCUUUUCGAUAUCGCUCGACUCAUGAAACAUCCAGUCUACGGCCUACAGCGGACAGCCCACUUGCCCCUGGACUCGAUCGCGAAACUUGCCGAAGCUUUCAUCGCCGAGAUUGUGGCGGUGCAACCGAGAGGCCCCUACAAUUUAGUGGGUUACUCAUUCGGCGCUCUUGUGGCUUUCGAAAUUGCUUGCCUUCUACAGCAUCGAGGACAUCUCGUAAAAUCUCUGGUUCUUCUCGAUGGUUCGCCAUUCUACAUCGCAGCUCACACUUCCACCCACAAGGCUCGCCUCGGUCGAAAGGCAAAAGGCGACGAAGAAGAAGCCCUCUGGCUCUGUUUCUUCCUCAUGGAGUACAUCGACACCGACUUCAUCAAGCUAAGAACGAGCCUGCAACAGAUUCCCGGUUGGGCUGCCAAAGCCAGGAGAGCCGGUGAACUCUUGAUCGAGAACUCGAAGUUCCAAGGAGGACUGAAACCGACCCUGGACGAGGUAAUCCGAGCGAGUAAGGCUUUCCAUGAAUUCAUCCAGGCCGGAAGCGACUACAAACCCAGGAGGAAAUUCGAAGGCGAUGUUUGCCUGGUCAAGGCCUCGAAGCUUCGGGAAAUGGCAAUGAACCUCCCCGAUGACUACCGCCUAUCCGAAUGCAUAAACGGCAAGGUCAACAUCAGUGUCGUGGAGGGAAGUCAUGAGGGUUUCGUCCAAGAACGCGGGGCCGACCAGUGCGCGGAAAUAAUACAGUCCACGAUACUAUAG